CUGUCUGUUCCAGCGCUCAACGUUCGGCAGUCGAACGAUACAUUUUUGUCCCAGGAGCAACCACAAUCGGACAAUGAGACCGCGGAAAAAUCCAAGGCCCUGUUUUCACGAUUGCUUCAUCACCUGACGCGCGACAUGUACUACGACCUCAAUGUUCCGUGGUCAUCAACGACCAAGGACGCUGAGCUACAGCGAAAGAUAGCUUUUCUAGUCGAGUUAGGUUACCAGGUUCUCGCCCUGAACAACACAAUCGCUCCUGAUUCAAAGUCCGGAAAGCUACCGCAGGAUAUGUCGUGUCCUAUUCCACGAACGCUGCCUUUUCCUGUACCUGCUAAGACGCAGAUCCUUCGGCGUCUGACCCUUGUGAUCAACGAUCACACCCAGAACCACCGACUAAAAGACCUCGUCUCGCCCAAUUCGGGCUACGACAUCGUCGCCAUUCGACCAGUCGAUGAAAAGACGCUUCAGGCGGCCUGUCUUAAUCUUGAUUGCGACCUGAUAUCGUUAGACCUAUCGGCGAGAUACUUUUUCCACUUUCAGUACAAGAUGUUCGCCGCAGCGGUUGCGAGAGGCGUGCACAUCGAGCUGUGCUACGGGCCCGGGAUCCUGGGAACUGCAGAGCAGAGGAGGAUGCUCAUUCAAAAUGCCGCCGCAUUGAUUCGUGUAACACGUGGCAGAGGACUCAUCAUUUCAAGCGAAUGCCAUGACAUUAUGGCGUGUAGAGGCCCGGCAGACAUCGUCAACCUUGCCGCAGUCUGGGGUCUAGGGCAAGAGCGAGGAGUUGAAGCUGUAACAACAGAAGCACGCAAAGUGGCGGUCAACUCAAGAUUUAGGCGUUCAAGCUACAGGGGCGUGGUAGACAUUAUAUAUGGCGGCGAAAACACCCGUGCCGAAAGGAGAAAGCAGGGAAUGGGUCAGCAGGAGCAAGAUUCGGGGGCAAAUGGGGACUCCAGUGCCAACCACAAGCGAAAGUUCGCAGAGAUGAAUUCCACAGUCGAACAAGCUGAAAAGCCACUGUCGAAUCGGCAGAAGAAGAAGAUGGCGAAGGAAGCAGCAAAAGCAGCUGCACCCUGAUUCAACAUUACUCAGAAGGGGGCGGAGUUAAUGCAGUAGAAGGAGGCGCAACGUAAAUAAUGAUACCCACAUUCGAAUGACAUAAACCAUUGGCAUCUUGCCUGUUUGCAUACUCUAUCUGUCAGUCGACUUGCACAGUCCGCAGUCCUAAUUACAU